AUGAUGAUUGGCAAUAAUCAAAACUUUUAGAACUUAGACAUAGAAGACGAAGAGUAUUAGGAACCCACUGAUGAAGGUAAGUUUAUUUUGUUCAAAGUAUUAAAUCAAACAUUAGAAAUCUUAAGUUAUGCACAGGAACUUGGUAUGAAUAUUCAUGAAGAUAGGGAUCUGCUUUGGAUAUGUGAAGAAGGAGUAAGAUUAAAUAGUUAUCUAAAUAUUUCAUAGUUAACAGCACCUUUGCCAAAUCCUUGGAGGAUGAUACAAGAUAAAUAGGGAGCAGUUCAAUACUUUAACACAGAAACUGGUUAAAUUUAAAAUGAGCAUCCCUUAGAUGAGCACUAUAGAUAACUCUAUUUGAGGGAAAAAGCUAAGAAACUUCAAUUAUUAAAUUAAGAGUAAAACAGAGGUUAAAAUUGGGGAGGGUCUUCGGGCAUCGGUGCUCAUUUAAACUAGCCUUUAGCAGCAAAUAAUAAUAACUCAUUUCUUACCUCUCAAAAUAAUGCACACGAUGCUUAAGUUCAGAGAAUACUGUAAGAGUAGAUUAAAAUCCUUGACUAAGAUUACAAGGAAUCAAUAGAGCAUAUUGAUAAGAAUUUUGAAUUGAAAAAGCAAGAAAUUCUAAAACAAAAUGAGAAAGAAAUAGAAGCAGAAAAGUAAAAAUGGGACUUGUACAAAAAAGAGGAAGAAAGAAAGAUUAAGCUUGAAUAAGAUAUGCAUAUUGAUGCUUAAAUAACAUUAUUCAAAGAAAAAUUGCAUCAAGAAGAGGAGAGAGAAAGACUUCAGAUACAAAAAGAUUCAGAAACUUAACUCAGACAAUAUGAAAAAGAAUAGGAAGAGAAAUAUAUAAGAGAGAAAUAAACUUUAGAAGAAUCAUAUGCGAGAAUCAGGAAGACAUUGGAAGAAACCGAGAAGGAGAGAUAUGAAUUUGAAUUGGAAAAAUUUAGAAAAGACUAAGGCAGGACUCUUGAUUCGAAGAAAACUGAUAUUGAAAAGCUUAAAAAUGAGAAGAGAAAAAUUUAAGGAGAGUACAAUCAGCAGGUCGAAAGUCUCAGGCGAGAAAUGGAAAAAAAUUUUGAUAAGGAAAAGAGGGAUUAAGAAGAACUGUUGAGAUAAGAUAUUGAGCAAAUAGAAAAGGAGGAACAAUAGAAGUAUGAGAGAAAGGUAGAAUAGAUGAAGCGGGAUAUGCAAACGAAUGGGCUAGGUGGUAACUCUCAUGAAUUAGAAAUUUAGUAAUAUAAGGAAGAACUUGAGGAGGAGUAUGAACUUGCAAUCCGAGAGUAUAAAAAGUAGCUUGAGGAUUAGCUUUAGUAAGAGGAGGAAAAGUGGGAAAAGAAACGCUAGAGAGAGUUGAAAGACUAUGAAUAAAUACUAAUAGACUAGCAUGAAUAAGAUCUUAAGCGUAAACAAUAGAAAUUGCAGCUUUCAAAGGAGAAUGAAGAACGAGAAUUAGAACUAAUAAAGCUAAGAAUAGAUCAGAUGUAUCAAGACUAAGUAGAGUCCUAUCGAAAGUAGUAAAUGAUGAAGUAUGAAAAAGAAAGAAGAUUAUUUGAAGAUGAGAAAAGAAAAAGAAUGCAGGAUAUUUAAAGCAGUAUAGAUAAGCUCAACAUAGCCAGUAGUGAUAAGGAAAAACUAAGACAUGAAAUAGACAAUCUAAACAGGGAGUAAAAGGAUCUAUAAAAGAAGAUAUAGAGCUAUGAAGAAGAUUUAGACAAUGAGAAAUCUAAAAAGAGAUAAUUAGAGCGAGAUAUCAAUGAGUUAAAUAUUUAACUUAAUUCUAAGAAAGCAAUAGGAGAUGAUUCAUAAAGAGUUUAAUACAUCAAGGAUGAAAUAUCAAAAAAGCAAGUUGAGAUUUAAUAAGCUCAGAGAUAGUAUAAAGAUCUUAUUGAAUCUAAGUUCGAUAACUUUUCAUCGAUUAGUCCACCUAAAAAUGAGGUCAAAGACAAUGCAAAUAUAUAAAAGCUUGAGUAGGAAAUGAAGUAAAUCAAAGAACUAUUGAUGCAGCAUAAUAGUACAAAGGCAAAUGAUGGUGUUCGCAAAUAAACUAGAUUCCAAGACAUGCUAGAAGAAGUUCAUAACUAUGACAAGGAAAAUUCAGAUGAUAACGCGGACUACGAUAGAGAUACUACUCAUAUGAAAGAGUACAUUCAUAAAGAAAGAGCUGUUCUUAAGGAUUUAAAACGGAAAAUAGACUAAGAUAAAGCUGACUUAAGAAGAGAUAAGAAAUCUGCAGAGGACUAUAAAUAUAGCGAUCCUUCAGCGUACAGACAAAGAAUAUAGCUAUUAGAUAGAGUUCAGCAGAACAUUGAGAGGAAAAUAGAUGAAUUUAAUGAUAGAUUCGCAAAACUAUAAGAUGCUGAGAAGCUAUCAAAAUAAUGA